AUGGGGAUCAGCCAGGAGAGACCUUUCUAUUAGAUCUUGGACACUGGGAGCGUACUUUGUACUGUCUGGAUAGGCCGAGCUUCUGGCCAUUGUUCCAUUUAUCCAGAGCCAGAAGGAGCCCUCUUGUCUACAACAGGAACACAGUUGCCAGGAACACUUUUCAACAAAGAGCCUAUAUUGCCCAAGAAUACAGUUUCCUCUUACAAUCUUGGCUCCUUCACCUUGAGGGGGAUCCUUCUUGGAAAUGUACUCCAGAGGCCUUCCUAUUUAACCAGGAUGCAAAUUGCAUUGCUACAUAAUUCCCCCUGCUGA